AUGGACAAGAAACUCAAUUCAAUGGACAUGGGUGUUUUAAAUUACACCGAUUUGCACCCAUUAGGUAAGAAAAAUGCAGAUGAAGUAACCAGAUCCUUCUUGCUUAAAUUGCUUGAAAUUAUGCUUGAUUUCGUUACCAAGAGCAAUGACAGGUCUACCAAAAUAUUAGAUUUUCAUCAACCUGACCAAUUGAAGGAGAUCCUAGAUCUUGAGAUUCCAGAUGAUCCAGUCAAUCUUGAUCAGCUUCUUGUGGACUGCAAAGAAACUCUCAAAUAUCAAGUGAAGACAGGUCAUCCUCAUUUCUUCAACCAGCUUUCAACCGGCCUAGACAUUGUUUCCAUGGCAGGCUCUUGGGUGACGGCAACAGCGAACACAAAUAUGUUUACCUAUGAAAUUGCGCCGUGCUUUAUCCUUAUGGAGCAAGUAACAUUGCGAAAAAUGAGAGAAGUCAUCGGUUGGGAAGAUGGCGAUAGCAUUCUAGGACCAGGUGGAUCCAUCUCAAACUUGUAUGCUACUCUUGUUGCUCGUCACAAACUGUUUCCAUCUUACAAGCAGAAAGGUUUGAUGGGGCUGGGACAACUGGUCAUGUACACAUCUGAACACAGCCACUACUCGAUGAAGGGAGCGGGAAUGGUGAUGGGUCUCGGAACUGAUAAUGUGGUGGAAGUAAAAGCUGACAGCAGGGGACGUAUGAUCCCGGAAGAGCUGGAGAAGUGUAUUCUUGCCGAUAAAGCAAAAGGCUAUAAACCUUUCUUCGUGUGUUGCACAGCUGGUACGACUGUUCUUGGAGCUUUUGAUCCCAUCGAGGCUUGCGCUGAUAUAUGCAAAAAAUAUGGCCUCUGGUUACAUGUUGACGCUGCAUGGGGAGGAGGAGUGCUACUAUCCAGGAAGUACAGAGCAAAGAUGAAUGGAGUUCAAAGAGCAGACAGUUUGACUUGGAACCCUCACAAAUUGAUGGGGUCAGUAUUUCAGUGCUCAACAGUGCAUUUUAAAGAAGAUGGCUUGUUAAUGAGUUGUAAUCAGUUGAGUGCUGACUAUUUGUUCCAACAAGACAAACAUUACGAUGUUAAUUAUGAUACGGGGGACAAAGUUAUCCAAUGCGGAAGACACAAUGAUGUCUUUAAGUUGUGGCUAGCAUGGAGAUCAAAGGGCGUAAAAGGCUAUGAAAAACACAUUGAUCACUUGUUUGAAAUGACACAGUAUAUGAUGAAGAAAUUGAGGGAAAGAAAAGAUAAAUUCUACAUAAUUAUUGAAGAACCUGAAUGCACUAAUGUUUCAUUUUGGUAUAUACCAAAGCGUCUCCGAAAUGUGCCUCAUUCUCCGCAGAAAGAAAAGACUCUAGGAGAACUAACGGCAGUACUAAAAGGCAGGAUGAUGAACGCUGGUACUCUUAUGAUCAGCUACCAACCUCUGAAUUGCGGAGUCUUCAACUUACCCAAUUUCUUCCGUAACAUUAUUUCAAGUGCUGCUGUCCAAGAAUCUGACGUCGACUUCUUGCUGGAUGAGCUGGAUCGACUUGGUCAUGAUUUGUAA